UUGUUUCCUAAUGAUCUUCAGGCAGCAUCAUCAGGCCUCAAUGUUGCGCUUUUUCCAAUCUCUGAUUGGCCGGACAUUGCUGGUGACGGCGGUAGUGAAAAUAGCACCAAAGUGUCUUCUGCGCCCUUUGUUGUCAAUGCUCCCUCCGCGUCGUUUUCUGCAAACAUGGAAUUGUCACAUUCUGCAGGUGGUAACGCAUCACGCUUACAAGUUUUUCCCCCUUCUCACCUCCCGUCCUCUUCAACCACUACCGAAAGCGCCAUUUCAUCUUCAAACGCGAUGCUUCUAUUUGGAGCAGACGUCAAAUGCCAGACAUCGCUGACUGAACCCUCCACAGUGCCCACGGUGAUUGGAAGUGCACAGUGGUCCACCCCUGAGAAAUCCCUGACGCAAUGGCUACCGAGUCAAUUUCCAUCCGAGCAAGCUACUUUUGGCACUGAUCCUUUCGACCUAGACUGGGCAGAAAGGGCAACAGCUUUGGCCAAGGGCCAGCUGGCAGCUUGCUUUCCUCCCUCCUCGACCACUUCACUAGCCCACUUGCCGGCGGCUCCACCUCCUCAACCUUCCGGCGCUGCUGUUUGCACCAACCCAUUCCUCGCUGUUCCCUCCGAUGAGCGGUAA